AUGUUUAUCAAAAGGCCUCUCUUUUAAUUUUCACAUGAUUUCUACCAUAUGCAUGAAUUUCAACAAGCCUAAACUCUAAUGAAUAAUAAUGCUUUCUCAUAAGCUCAUGACUUAUUUUUAAGAUUAAUUCAGAUUCUUAAACCUCAUGGUCGUUUGCCUAAUGAUUUAUUAUCUAUGUAAUUCAACACUUCACAAUUAGAUCAUAUCAAAACGCUCUCAAAAUUGGACCAAAAUAACAAAAUGAUAUUUUGCAAUACAAAUUAGACACACUUGGAAAUGUUUUAUAAUAUAUGCAAAACAAUCUUUAUUACAACACAAAUCAUAAUAUGAAUAUGCUUGCUUAAUAAGAACGUUAAUUUAUUGGAAAUGUAUUGCAUUAUGAAUUCAAAAGAGUUGAAGCUGUAUUAUAUUAUAAAUAUAAAUCAAGUAUAACUAUGCUUUAUUGAGUUCCCCUUAUACAGAAGACAAAUUAAUCUCAUUGAUAGAAUAUUCAGAAGCCAAAUUUUAAAAAGGUAAGUUUACUAAUAUGAAGAAUAAUCACUCCUCGAUUAUGCCAUUUUGAAAUGGUUGGCAUCUGGACAUGGAUACAAUCCCGUUUCUUUCAAUGCCAAUUAUGGAAUGCAAUAAGGAUAAAUCUUUUUGGAUCAUUUUUUGAAUGCAGAAGCCAAGAUAGAUAAAAUGCCAUCUAUUGAUUUUUCUCUUAAAUUAUACAAAGCCUUAACUGACUUCAUUAUUUCUGCCAAUGUUUAGUAAUAUAACAAAGUAUAAUAUAUUUAAUGUUUAAAGACAAUCGUUGGAUAGGUAUUAAAUAGAUAUUUGAAAUUUACAGAAAAGAAAGCAUAGAACUAAGUUCAUAAGCCUUUAAUGGGUUUGGGUUGGUUGAAUACUGUUGAAUAAAGAUACAUGUCUGCAGAAGGCUUAUUUAGAACAAUUGAAGAUUAACUAAAGACUCAUAAAAUAACAUCUGAAAUCCAAAUACUCACAGCUUAAUACUGGUAUCUAAAUAUUUAAUUACUCUAAAAAUUGACAAAGAGAUAAACUGAAGUGCAAAGUAAUCAUUAUAAUUUAUUAGUAGAUUAUCAACAAUAACUUAAGUAAUUUUAAAUGCCUCCUGUCUAAUAGAAAGCAGCUCUAUAUUGUUAUUUACCAAAUCAUCAAGUAAAUUUUUGA